GGAGUAUUCUAACCAAUGAACGUAGUUUUGAUGCGUGACAUUUAACCUUCACCUCAGAGGUGAAACAUGGCGGUAGACAGGACGGGAUCAAAAAUGGACAUUAUCUCGAGAAUCUGGCCAUUCAGGCCAACAACAGCGCAUUGCGAGUCUCCUAAAAAGGCAAUGGAACUGAUCAAGAGAGCUGAAAGUGAUGACCUCCAGGUGGUAUUUGACAAGUAUGCGUCCAAGGAGUCGGAGGGUGAGAAGUACAUGACCUACUCCGACCUCAUUCUGAGAUACCUCCAGCUUUUGGACCCGGAGAAGUACGACCCGUACACCUACAACCUGUACGCCUCCAGCGUGGACACAUCCAGGGAUGGACUCAUUUCCUUCUCCGAGUUUCAAGGUUUUGAGGCUCUCCUGUGUGCCCCAGACGCCAUGUACGCUCUCGCUUUUCAAAUUUUCGACCGCAACGGCAAUGGCUACAUAACAUGUGAUGAAUUUGAGGACAUCAUAAAGCAUACAACCCUGAAUGCAAAAAUCCCCUUCAACUUUGAGAGCGAUUUCAUCCGGCUGCACUUUGGGAAGGACAAGUCCCGUAAAGUGACCUACCCCGAGUUCACUCAGCUGAUCCACGAUUUCCACGAGGAGCAUGCCUGGCAGGCCUUUCGACGACGAGACAAAAGCAACAACGGCUACAUCUCGGCCAAGGACUUUGAGGAAAUUCUCAUCAACCUCAAGGGUUACCUUCUGACACCGUUUGUCCGCAAAAACAUCAUCACAGUGGUGUUGGGAGGGGAGCACCAGCGACAGAUCAGCUAUGCGUACUUCACUGCGUUCAUCUCGCUGCUCAACAAUAUCGAGCUGGUCAAGAAGAUCUACAUGUCCGCCACCCGGAGGGACCCCACCAAAGCCGUGCACAAAGAGGAGCUGCUGUACCAGAGCCAGGAGUUCUCCCAGAUCACCCCCCUGGAGAUAGAUAUCCUAUAUCAGCUGGCCUAUCUACAACAUCAGGAAAGUGUGCUGUAUUACUCUGACCUGGAUGAACUGUCGCCCAUGGAAGGUCGCGAGACGCCCUUCAAGAUUCAGAUGCAAAUUGCUGAGCAAAAACUUCGCCUAGAGCAAGGGACCACAGAGAGGACAGUGGUCAUGCAGAUAGCUGAGAGUGCCUACAGGUUCUCACUGGGAGCUCUUGCUGGAGCCACGGGAGCGACGGCGGUGUACCCCAUCGACCUGGUGAAGACGCGGCUCCAGAACCAGCGCACGGGCUCCUACGUGGGCGAGCUCAUGUACAAGAACAGCUUCGACUGUGCCAAAAAGGUGAUUCGACACGAGGGUGUGGCCGGACUGUACCGUGGCCUGGCUCCCCAGCUGGUGGGUGUUGCCCCAGAGAAAGCCAUCAAGCUGACCAUGAACGACCUGAUGCGCGACAAACUGGUGCAGAAGGACGGCACGCUGCCGCUCUGGGCCGAGUGUGUGGCCGGAGGCACGGCCGGAGCGUCUCAAGUGGUGUUUACCAACCCCCUGGAGAUUGUGAAGAUUCGUCUGCAGGUGGCGGGCGAGAUCGCGGGCACGGCUCGGGUGAGCGCCAUCAGCGUCAUCAGAGACCUCGGCUUCUUCGGCCUCUACAAGGGUGCCAAAGCGUGUUUACUGCGCGACGUCCCAUUCAGUGCCAUCUACUUCCCGGCCUACGCCCACACCAAGAAAUUCUUCGCCGACGAGAACGGUUACAAUUCCCCAGGGACGCUGCUGCUCUCCGCUACCAUAGCAGGUAUGCCAGCGGCUUUCCUCCCGACCCCAGCAGACGUGAUCAAAACUCGCCUCCAGGUGGCAGCCCGUUCUGGUCAGACGACGUACAACGGCUUGAUGGACUGCGCCCGCAAGAUCAUGAAAGAGGAGGGCAUGGGAGCCUUCUGGAAGGGUGGUCCGGCUCGUGUGUUCCGGUCGUCGCCUCAGUUUGGCGUAACUCUCCUCACCUACGAGUUGUUGCAGCGGCUCUUCUACGUCGACUUUGGUGGCAGCCGUCCGGAAGGUUCUGAGGCCAAGUCUGUUCAUUUAGAGGAUAUCCUGUCUCGAAACCCCGACCACAUAGGUGGCUACCGCAUGGCGCUGGCCACGUUUGACGGCAUCGAGUCCAAGUUUGGCCUGAUGCUGCCCAAGUUCAAGCCUUCGAGCGCGGCCACCAAGCAAUAGGGCCGCUUCUGUCUAGGUGUACCAUAGUCUGUUGUUUGUGUCGCGGCCGGGGGAAUCAGGUGCUCGUCAAGUUUUUGGGGCAUGUGGAUUUAUUGCUAUCAUUCUAAAAGCUUGUUCAUUUGUCUUGCUGUGGAAGAAAACAAAAAAUACCCCAUCUAUCUUGAAUAGAAGUCAAGAUAUCUAUGAUUGAAGGAGAUAGGGGUCGUCUGAUGUCGAAGAUAAAAUUUGCGAGAAAAUGUCCAUAAGAGAUCGAUGACUUCCAAAGCUUAGGUGUCAUUGGAAACUGCAAAUUAAAAUCUUUUGUGCUUUUGAUCAACAUUCUUCAGUAAAAUGCACUCGCACA